UAUGGAGCCCCGACUUCCUCUCUGAUGCAUCCAUCAUAGUGUCAUUGUUAGAAAAAGAAGUGCUUGUGUGAAUGAAGCACGCUGUAUAAAAUGCUUUGACUGCUCAUAUAGAAAAGCAGCUUAUAAGAACUGGUUCAUUUUCCAGAUAAUUCCACUAUUAAGACAACAGACAUGUGGGAGGCUUUCUCCUGAGAGUCACACUGAAAGUCUUGCUGCUCCUCCACAAAAUGACACAGCUCAGCUAAACACAACUCAAACUAAUCUACACUAUUUUUCUUUAUUACGCAGCAUUUUUAUAACUAUUUCCAGAUGUUUCUAAAGAUGGAAACAGAAUUAAACUCCAGCCUGAUCCGUUUCUGAGGUUCCUGACUCUGAACGUCCCUCAAACGCCUCUCUGAUCGUUUCCUUGCGUCGCUUUUACUUUCGCUUUCGUGAAUGUUGUGGCGCAGUUGAUCGUCUCCAUGUUAAGGUGAAGGUAGAAAGUGUGUGUGAGCUGAAUUGAGCAGCAUGGAUCAGUGUGAGGACAGAGAGGAGGGAGUCCCUCCCUCUAAAAGCACUCUGUGUGGGGAACAUGAGAGCCAGACCAAAGCUCAGAGCCCAGAGCUGUGGGGCAUACCAGGCUCAGCUGGACAUAACCCUAAAACUAAUCCAGAACCUGGACCUGAACCCAGCUGUGUUUCCUUAAAGAGCAACGAGUCGAAGAGUAUUAUUGUAAACUUUAACAAAAGACUGUUAUGUGACAAAGAGAUCAAUAAGAGGCCAGAAUCUCCUGGACCUGAACCCAGCUGUGUUUCCUUAAAGAGCAACAGGUCGAAGGAUUUUGAUAUAAACUUUAAAGGCUGUUCUUCUGCUGCUGAGAGAGUGGAGCAGGAGAGAGCAGAGGUUUCCACUGGUCAGUCUGCACAGCAACAUCAAACACACCUGGACUCUGUGGUUAUGCGGCUGGAGGAAAACAUCACCAUGUUUGUGAAGAAUGAGCUGAAGAAGAUCCAGAAGCUUCUGAGUCCAGAUCACCCAGAAACCUUAAAGAGCCAGAUGGAGGAUGAGGAGAUGUUUGAAGGUGAGGAUGAAGAUGAAAGAAAGAGCUGCAGAGAAGCAUUUCUGAAGAUCACACUCCACUUCUUGAGGAGACUUAAGCAGCAUGAGAUGGCUGACCAUCUGCAGAGCAAAAUAUUUGCUUCACUCUGUAAACGUGAACUUAAAGCCCAACUGAAGAAGAAGUUCCAGUGGUUUUGA